AAGAUGCAGAAAUAACAACAAAAUCCCCAGACGUUUCUGUGGUUUAGAAAGAUGGUAUAUAUACGGUGAUCACACAGUGAAAGUGUAUCGUUCAGUAUCACCUUCUGCAGAUUUACAUCAUUUGUCGUCAAAAGGAUCAUGGGUCAUUUAACAAGAUACGCUGGCCUGAUUAUUGGCCUCUGUCUUUUACAAAUUAUCCUGGGUCAGAGGAAUUCAAUUGACUUUGGAGUGGGUCGCGGCAGAGGUGGUGGGAUCAGGGGUGAUAUUGGCUGGACCAGGCGUGGUCGUCGUGGAUCAAGAUCAAGAAUCGGAGGCAGCUUGGACAGCAAUGGAAAUUGGGGGAUUAGUGCAGGGUUCUCGUGGAGACGCCGGAGGGCUUUGAGGUUUGAUCAGGAUAGUGAAAGCUUUCAUGUGAAGCUUAUGGCUGAUCCCUGUGAGUUUGACUUCUACGAUCAAGAUAAAGAUGGAAGCAUUUCAACCGUUGAGAUGUGGUCGGUAUUUGGAAAUACCACCGAGGCUAACAUGCUCUUUUAUGCUUUGAAUAAAGGAAUAGUUGACGAUACAAUUAGCAAAGACGAGUUUGUUACUCUUGCUCCGAUCCUGAUCGACGACUGCUUCCAGAAUAGGUUUAAAAGUGCAAGGAAUGGACAAUAAUUGGGAAUAAAUUUCACUUACAUCGAUUAAACUCUAUUCAAUUACAAUGCUAUUUGCUCUUACCACUUAAUUCGAUUAAAGUUGAUCUGUUACAA